AUGGUCAACGGAAGGAUGAUGCAGAAGAGGGUGAAGGAGUACAAGGGUAGGAUGAGUUUACGGAGAAGAAAGAAAAGAAACAACCGAAAUAACUGCAUGGGCCCCGAAUGCCAGCGGUGUUGCUGCUUUUUGUAUGCUUCGUACGACUCGGGAAGUUCACAGAGACACUGCAUAAAGAUGGUCGAUUAUAACAAACUCAGAAACAUAGAAUGCCAUGGCUAUCUGAUAAAUGAAUUUCCAACCACACAAGUGUGCACGGACAGCAAUAUCCAUGUCCUCGACAGUUGUUCUGUCCAGCCAUCCACCACAGUCCUCGAUGGCUUUAAUUCUCCAAACACCAGCUGUCCCAUUGAAUCCGAAAAAGUUGAGGAACCACCCAUUGACCUGUUGUUCAACCUCGAAAUGAAAGGCCAGAUUUAUAUUCUGCAGUCGUGUAAGCAGAUUUUCUUCCUUGUUGACAAAAGCCCACCUGGUUUGCACCAGCGCAAGGUCAUCUUUUCCCUUCAAACCUACAAGAGAACCAGUUACCUUAAAGUAAGGAAUAGUGUUCUUCAGAAAAUCUGGUGCUGGCUGGAAAUCCGCAUCAAAGAUGGCUACAAACUCAUAAUUCUUGACAUAAUCACAACUCAUUGCAGAUCUAAGGUUCCCUGCUUUAUAUCCUGUCCGAAUAAGACGAUGCCUGUAAAUGAUGUGCACACCUCUAUGUUGCCAUUUAUGUACUUCUGCCUUAAUAAGGGAUUGAACAUCAGUAUCAUCAGAAUCAUCCAAAACUUGUACAAGCAUCCUCUCCCUGGGCCAAUCCUGGACACAUACAGCUGCAAUAGAUUGCUGUAUGUCGCUGGUGAUUUUAUUGCAUCACAAGUACCGAACAAGACAAGCAGAGGAGCAUACUGGAGUAUGGAUACUUGA